CCAAACCCGUCGCCCGAGAUGCUUUUAUUACCUUCAGACCAGGGCUUCGAUUUACUGGCUGAGAAGCGGCGUCAUCAUCGUCAUUAUCUCGUCAUUAUCGUCAUCAUCGCAAGCGGAACACAAUGCCGACGUUGCACAGUGGAGUUCUUAUUUUCUCUCUUUGCAUUUCUCAGCUCCUUAUAUUUGCCAUAUUUCAGGUUUUAUAAGUUUAGUUGUAUUGCCCAGUUGCUCCACUGUGCGUUGCAGCUGCGCUCUUGUGACGUCAUGCCCUUCACUUACUCACUCAGCAAAAGCAACAACAACAACACAGUGGCGCGCGAUUAACUUUUAACUUUGAUUGCGCCUGGCAUUUAGCUUUAGAUUUUUAAUUGACUUUUGUUGUCAUUCGGCCGCUGUUAUUGAAUUGGUCAAGUGGAGACCUUAAAGAGAUGCUCAGUGGCAGGGACUUCUGUUAUCGGGACACAUGUAAAUGGCACGGCACAGUGGGGCAAAUGCACCCGAAAAUGCGAAAUUCACAUGUGCCUUCUCAGAUGUCCAGCAUAACAAAGUAAUUGAGUACUUAAUCCGUGUUGAAGUUGCUUGUUGCAAAACUUCCUUUACAACUUUUUAUAGCAUCAAAUGAUUAUUAUUUACCAAAGGAUCAGAAAUUAGAACUGUAUUUGUUUGGUAAUUUUACCAAAUAAAUUUCCAUUUAAUUUCGAUGUUAUUUCGACUUUCUCGUUGGAAUAUACAAUGUAAGCUGAGAGAGCACCGAGAACCUUCUUUUCGCAUCACUUUAACACACUUCAAAAAAAAUAGGGGACCA